AUGAAGGCCGUUCAGAUCCUGGGCGACAAGUCCGCCCCAUCCGUCGUCCUCACCGACAACCUGCCCCAGCCAACUGCCAGCGGCUCUGACCUCCUCAUCCGCGUGCACGCUGCUGGCGUCACGGCCGACGAGGUCUCUUGGCCCGAAGUCUACAAUACGCGCAAUCGGAUCCCCGGCCAUGAUAUCUCGGGCGUCGUCAGCGCGCUGGGCCCAUCCUACGCUGGCCCGUUGGCCGUCGGCGACGAGGUCUUUGCCAUGCUCGCCGCGGACGCGAGCCAGGGAGGGCAAGCCGAGUAUGCGAUCGCCUCGCAGGCCGAGGUCGCGAGGAAGCCCACAGCCAUUUCGCAUGCGCAGGCGGCAGCGCUGCCGAUCCCGGUAUUGACGGCGUGGGAGGCCAUCGUCCAGCAUGCCAAGCUUGAAAAGGGUGCCAGGGUGCUCGUCACGGGGGCAUCAGGCGCAGUGGGUGUCCAGCUGGUACAGCUCGCGAAGCAGCUCCUGGGCGCAGAGGUGAUUGGCUUGGCCUCUUCGCGGAACCACUCAUACAUCAAGGAGCUCGGCGCGAGCACAGCCAUUGACUACAACACUGCCGGGUGGGAGGAAUCGGUUGGCAGCGUCGAUGCCGUCUUCGACACUGCGGGCGGUGAAACGCUUCGGAAGGCGUCGAAGACGGUCAGGGAUGGCGGCGCUGUGGUGACGGUAGCGGAUCCGCCUCCACCCUGGGCCUUUGGCAAGGAGGAACCAGAACUAAGUAAGGCAAAGCCGCAGGUGAAGUGGGUGUACUUUGUUGUCACAGCUUCUGGAGAGACUCUCGGAAAAGUCGCGGAAUUGUUGCAGGCUGGCACUGUGAAGCCGCUCAAGGUGACAGAGUUUCCCAGUGACAAGGCUGUCGACGCGUGGGAGUUUGGACGGCAGAGGGGGAGAACCGGCAAAGUCGUGAUACAAUUUGCAUCAUAA